GAUGUGUGAUGCCGGUCAACCUUUAACUACACGAAGAAUAGCAACAGGUGACGGCCUCAUGAAGAAAUCCAUAGGCGAGGUAUACUAGAGCCCAAGGAAGUGAGGCCCAUAUGACGCUAUUGGCGAGGCCGGCCGGACCACUAGCAGUCACAUAAGCGGGUGAGGAGUGACAAGAGGAACUUACGGGCUAUUCAUGCCCGUGCCACCUCUUGGGUGGCUUAAUCUUUAUCAAUCAAUCAAUCAAUCGACAAGAAGAAACCACUAUAUCAGCUGAGGGUAAUAGGGAACCACGGAGAAUUAGGGAUACAAGAAGACAACAGCAUGUGAGAUGCCUCAAAAAUCCUUAGCCACAAGAGAGGGCCACAAUCUGAGCUGUUAGUGAUGGUGGUGGCCGUCGCCGAUGUUGUGGUGGUGGGCCGCAGGAGAGGACGCAAAUUUUGUGGGUCGUGUCUGAAGUUCCUGGUGUUCCUGGUAGCCCUUGUGCCCGUCUCCCUGGUGGUGUCGGGCUUCCUGAGUCAACUCUUCAGGGAGAACUCGAGGCAAUAUGCCCUCCGCCGCCACCAAGGCAGCAGGGACAUCGUCACCUCCAGAACCUGUCAUGGUUCUGUCCACACUCAGUGUCCCGACGAGCUCGACCGCGAGAUGCUGAAGCACUUCCUCACCACAACCAGAAAGAAAAGAACUUCCAGCAUGAGAGAAAGAGUCAGAGAGUACAGGGACCUGAACAUGGAACUGGGAAGACCUCCCGCGUUUCUGGCUCCACGUAACCUCUCCGUCAGGUACUUCCUGCUGGAGACCGCCUUCUGCAGUAUCCCGGAUAUACAGAUGAUCUUCUACGUGCACACGGCCCCAGCCAAUCAGGAGAGGCGAGAGGUCAUCCGGGACACCUGGGGGAGCCCAGAGUGGUACCCGAUAUUACGUCAUAAGGUUGUGUUUGUCUUGGGGUGGACCACGAGCAACGAGAGUCGGGCCAGUCUGCGCCAGGAGAGCGACAUCUACCACGACCUCAUCAUGGCAGACUUCGUAGACUCGUACCGGAACCUGAGCUACAAGGCCGUGACUGCUCUUCACUGGGUCAGCCAACACUGUCGCCAGCCUGGCUACGUUAUCAAGACGGACGAUGACAUUUUCGUUAACAUAUUCGCUCUCAAGCGGUUCCUCGACUACUCCUUGAAUUUCACAACGCAAACCACGAUUAAAGUGAAAGACGUUGAGGUGAAUGAGACGAAGGAGAUUAGUACAGUGAAGCCCGGCAACGCACCAGCAGAUGCAAAUAUUACCGGGAAAGAGCACGAAUGGGAACGCCCUGAGAUCCAGUGUUUAGUCUGGAUAGGAAUGAUGGUCAUACGAGACAACAAGUCCAAGUGGUACGUCGAUCCUAACGAGUACAAGCCCAAUACUUUUCCUCCAUAUUGCUCGGGCAACGCCUUCUUCAUGACGCAACCCGUUGUAUACGCCCUCAUGAAUGCCAGUCUGACGUGUCCCUUCCUGUGGGUGGACGACGUGUACCUGACGGGCGUGCUGGCGGAGGCUGCCAAGGUGCCCCACGUCCACAGGAACAGCCUCUAUGAACUCGAUGGCAACAAGUUCGUGGAGUCUUUGAUCGCGGGCAACAAGGUGUUUCUUCACCACCCACAGCACGACGCCGACACCAGGAGAGAGAUGUGGAAACUCCUACUCGAGAAAGAGGUGCCUCAGCACGCCCACACUUGAAGCUCCAGUCACGCCCACACUUGAAGCUCCAGUCACGCCCACACCCACACUCCUGCUUGGCCAGGAAUGCUCACACAAGCUCGUCAAGGUAAACACACAAGAACACCACGAAAAACACAUGCAAAACAACACCGAUAUGAAAAACCUCGUCUGUCCAAACACACACACACACACACACACACACAAAACUAAUCCCAAAACAGCAAACACACUAAAUCCCCCAAACAAAAACAUACUGUAUUUGCUCCAGAAUAAAGAUGGAGUUCAUUGCCAAAAUGAAGUCAAUAAAGCAGACUUUCCCUGAGGUAAAGAAUACAAGAAGCAGCCACACACUUGAUUUAAAUUAUAGGUCUCUGAACUUAAAACUUGAUUGUGUCCAACAUUGAAUAAUUUCUUGCGUGAACUGAGUAUUUGUUUGUCUUAAGAGUGUAUAUAUAUACACUCCGUGGA